AUGUUGUUAAUCAAUAGGAAGCAAGUGGAUAAGAAGUUUAACGUAGGUGGGCUUUUCAAAAAGUUUCCUUUAAAUCGAAGAAACUCGAAGGUAUCUCAAAACGCAGGUGAAUGUUCUUUUGUCGAUUCCAAAGAUGGCGAUGAAGAGAACGCAACAACAAAGAUUUUGACUUCAUCUGGAGUGGAGCCUCCAUCUAUAACUGUCUCUCCACAAGAGCAAGAACUGGGGACCAUAGUAUCAUCUGAGGCGCCGGAUCAAGUGGCUGAUCCUAUUAGAUUCUCUAACAAUGAAGAGAGAUAUACUUCUUUCACGUCCGAAUGUAUUUCUUUACAAAACUCCGAAAUGACGCUGGAUAUUCGAUCCAAACUAGACUCAAAUUUUGAGGAGACUCUUCCCAUCGAAGGUUCUGAACUCGAACUUAGUAAUGAGGAAAACGAUUUGAUAACUUACAUAACUGAUACUUAUUCAGACAUAAACUAUAAUCCUCAUUUAGAGGAAAGUGCAAACGACUAUUCCUAUGGGGGAUACCAUCCUGUUUGCAAAGGGGAAGUUUAUUUCUCUCAAAGUAUUCAAGGGCUUGAAUACAUAACGUUACGGAAGCUAGGUUGGGGUCACUUCUCUACAGUCUGGUUGGCAAAAGUGAGGUACAACGAAGCUUUUUUGCCCACUGAUAAUGGUAGUGACACUGAAAUUAAAAAUGAAUCUUAUGUUGCUCUAAAGUUUGUAAAAUCAAAUAAGCAUUACUUAGAAGCGACAGAGGAUGAAACUAAUAUUUUAAAGACUUUAAACAAGCCGCUCCUAUAUGGUGAAAACUUAUCACUGAAUGAGAUAAAUUAUUUUAAGGGCUUCAGGAUGAAAAACGGCCAGCCAAUUGGCCACCCUGGACAUGACAGAAUAAUGAGAUUGCUUGACAAUUUUGAAGUUAAUGGCCCCAACGGUCAUCACAUUUGCAUGGUUUUUGAGCUUUUGGGCGAAAGUGCUUUGAACUUAAUUUACAAGUACAAACUGCUUUAUUCAUCAUUAAAAGCUUCGCCAUCCGAAAACCCAUUUUUUACUUCUUCUAACAAGUUUGCUAAGUGGGAUCCAAAGAAUUUAAAGAAAAAUACCAAAUCCAUGUUGACAUUAGGCUUGAAGGCCAAGACAAACACUACUCCGCUUGAUCAAAAAAUAAGGGAAAUAAACUCAAACAUGUUGAUUGAUCUGAUCGCUGGCUCAAAGAAUUGUGGCGGUUUACCUUUGCAUUUAGUCAAGCAAACCGUGAAACAACUUCUAGUUGCCGUAGACUAUAUGCAUCAUUGUGGAGUUAUUCACACGGAUUUAAAACCUGAAAAUAUUUUGGUUCAAAUUAAUGACAUUGAUAAGAUAUUAAAAUCAGUAGAAAAUAGCAAGGUUUCAAAGUCCAAAAAUAAAGGACGAAAAGAAUCCUCUACGGCCUCGAGAAAGGCAUCAAUGACAUCGUCAUAUUCAAAUGGCUCGUAUCAGAGAUCGAAAAACUCUUUUUUGAACGAGUCACCCAUAAGAGCUUCAAAGCCUCUAGAAUUGGUUUCUUUCAAUAAAGACAUAUUUCAAGAGAAUCAGAAGCAAGCUGUGACCAAAAAAAACGGUCAUGACAGUAAUGACACUCUUUCAAUAAAAAUUGCAGACUUGGGAAAUGCAACAUUUACAAAAUUUCAUUUCACUGAUCAAAUUCAAACCAGACAGUACAGGUCUCCAGAAAUUAUAUUAAAAUACAAACAAUGGGGAUCGUCUACUGAUUUGUGGUCGAUCGGAUGUAUAAUAUUUGAAUUAAUCACGGGGGACUUUUUAUUCGACCCUCAUGAAGGGAAGGAUUUUGACAAAGAUGAUGACCACUUGGCACAGAUUAUAGAAUUAUUAGGCGAAUUUCCUUCUAAGGAGUAUUUGAAGGAUUGUGAUCUUGCUUCGAAGUAUUUCGUCGUAGAUCCACAUUCAAAGGAAGUGUCUUUGAAAAAUAUAGAUAGAUUGAAGUUUUGGAGUUUACAAGAUGUGUUAGUCGAGAAGUAUAAAUUUGAGAAAGAUAGCGAUGAAGUGAUAUUGAUAACAGAUUUGAUUUUGAAAUGUUUAAAGUAUAACUUAGAAGAUAGAUUUGACAGUCAUUCGUUGUUGAAACAUCCUUGGUUGCAAGAUGAUAUCAAGGACAUAAACUUAGACGAUCUCAAGAGAUUACGUAAAGACCAUAGUGAUCUUCCUGGUUUUACAUGCGCAACUGGGUAG